CGUGACUAGAGCUUGUUAGUCUAAAUCAAAAAGUUGAGUGAAUAUAGCUACACAUAUAAGGGACGGUAAAGAAGGAAUAGGAAAGGCAGAUAUCUGAUCCAAACACCUUUUAGGUUGUUGAUUAUCGGUGCUUCUGCAGAAUGGAUGGCAUAGUGAGAAAUCGAGGUCGAACUAAGCUUGAUGCACAGGGUAAGCCCACGAGGAGGAGAAAGAAGAAGGAUCCCAUGGCUCCCAAGCGCCCAACCACUGCUUACUUCUACUACCUGGCAAAGAUGAGAGAACAGUUUAAACAAGAGGGCAAACAUGUGUCUAAUGUUGGUGCAUUCACAAAAGAGGUGUCCAAACAAUGGAGGGAACUCUCUGCCUCAGAAAAGAAACCCUUUGAAGCACUGUCAGAUGAUGACAGGAAGAGAUAUGACAGAGAGAUGAACAUGUACAGAAAGCCAAAAGACCCCAAUCAGCCCAAGAGACCUCAGUCAGGGUACUUUCUGUUCCUGGGGGACUUCAGGACGAAGAUGAAAGGAAAGGACCUAGGGCAUAAAGCUAUAAUCCAAGAAGCUGGAAAAGCCUGGAAUGCCAUGGACGCAGAGGCUAAGAGACCUUACGAAGAGGAGGCACAGAAGAAGAGGGAUGAAUACGAAAAGACCAUGACAGCUUACAGGAAAAGUAAGAUGGCUAACAGACAAGGAGAAGCAAAUGGAGGGGCUGCAGCGAGUCCGCCCGAAGACGCAGAAGAUGAUUUUGAAGAGGAUGAUGAUGACGACGACGAUGAAGACGACGAAUAAAUCAAAUGACUUUUUUUAUAGUAGAGUAGAUGGAAAGAUCUGAAACAACGUGCAUUUAUUUUGAUCUGGUCAUGAGCUACGACUUCUUUCUCCAGAAUUAAAAAAUGAUAAGGUUUGUGAGGACGUGAAUUGAAAAUGGUAGUCAUUAGAACCUAUACACCAUGGGAAUGAUGGUAAGUUUUCUAGAAGUGGAAAACUGGGAAAAGCUCACAGCAUAACACGGUGAACCUGGACAGUUCAGCUACUUAAUUGUGUUAGAGAGAGUGAAGAAAAGCUGAUUGACUCUGGAGCUUAACUAGUGACUUAUGAAGUAGCCACCUUAUCUAGUCUGCAGAUUGAAAAAUAAAAUAUCUUGGAAGUGCAAACUGCAGUGGAAUAGAGCUCUCCAGUCUGUAGUGUUAUUAUGUAUCUGGAUGUAUCCACAGCAGGUGGUCAUUCCAAGUAGAUGCUGUAGUCAGACUUAUCCUUAACCAGGGUCAUAUGGUCUACUGUGUGGGCCACUACAUAUGGAUAAUGUAAAAGAAGAUGCUGGAGAACACUGGUUGUAGUCCCAGGAGUCUGAAUUCUGUAAAAAAAAAAAGUACAUGUUUGUAGUGUGCAUACUUAUACAUAUAUAUUCAUUUUUAUUAUUAUUUGAUUAGUCAUGUGACCUCAAUUUUCUAACCUACUUAUUCAACUUUUUUUUUUUUUUGUCAUCUGAACAUUGAAUCUGGAUAAUUUUUCCAUAAAUGGAUGUUUUUUUUAAAUUGCUGUUAUUGCAUGUGGAACCCAGAAAUCUUUUUGAACAAAAUGUCAUUCUCUUUCAAGAGACAGUAUACAGGAUUUUGGAGCAGAAGAAACUUCUACGUCAACAAAAACGUCGUGCUACCUUCUGCUCAUCAAAUACAGCAGGGUCAAACCUCAGAACCACCAUAUUAAUGUGUUUUUUGGACUAUGUGAACUAUUACUCGCAUUCACAAAGCGAUAUUUGCUUUGCUUAAAAAAUGCAAUUUCAGAACGGUGCCAGUUUCAUUGCUUUAAGCAAGUUUGGUGUAUCUUUGGAAUAAGUAUAGAUCUUUGAAAGGUAAAGUGGAAAGAUUUGUAAUAAUGUCAAUCCUGUAUACUGCCUUUUAGAUAAGCAUGCAUGAUUUUCUGCAAGCAAGAUUGAAAAAAAUAUUGCUGUUUAAAAUCAACAGUGAUUGUAUUAUUUUGCAAACUAAAACUGGCAAGAAAAUUAAAUGUCAUGGUUAUACAAAUCAUAAAACCAGACGAGUGAGAAUUUUUGUUGAUUUUUGCUGGAAUGUAAUACUUGUAGAGGAUGAUAUGGUUGCUUGUCCAUGAACAUACAUAUCUGCUCAGGGAUACUUAUGAAAUAUACUUUUGUCACUGUCCAUUGCAGAGCACCCUUUCCAGAUUUUUCCCCCCUUUAGAAUUUACAAAAUUGAAUGUACACUUUAAAUGUGGAGUGGUGUAAUGCUUUAAAAUUUAAGAAUUGUCUGUGCAAUCUGUACCAGUGCCAGCUUUAGGGAAAGAAAUAGGACAUCAAUUGCUCUUUGUUGAUUAGAAAAAAAUAUUGCUAACUUUUUGUCUUGAAUUGCUGACAUAUCUUCUCUUUCACUGAACAAAACCAUUACAACUUUAAAAAAUGGAUGUUUUUUAAUUUUUAUUUUUAAAAUAAUGUGGUCACAAUUAUGUCAUUAUUUGUAGAGAAUGUGCUAUUGUGUACAGACAGUGUUUUUAAAUUGAAUUUUUUUUCAAUGUUGAGGCCAGUUUUUGAGGCAACCCUCCACCUGAUAUGAUGGAUAUAAGAACUGCUAUUGUACUGUUGGUUAAAAAAAUAUUGACCAAGGUAAUAUAUCAUUCAGGAUUUGUAUGUACACAAAAAAGAAUGUUUACUCAAAAUUUAGAAAUCUCUUAAAAGCAUACAAGAUUUGUCAGCUUUAAAUUGUCAUGUUUUAGUUAAAAUUGUAAACAAAAUUCUGAAUUGUCUUGUAGAAAGCUUCUGACUUGUAUUUGAAGCGAUAGAAAAAUAAAGGUUUUAUAUCUCGUGUAACUUGAA